GUCUCUUGAAAAUGGAUUGAGAAAGAGCUUUCCCCUGUUAUAAUGACAACCAUAUCAUUAAUAGAAUGCAGGUCAGACAAAGAUCGAUCCCGCCAUUCAUCAACUUCUACAUCUAAAGGUUUAGACAAAACAAAAGUUGCUAAGAUAGGAAGUUUGACAGCGGGCAACAGAAGCAUGGAAGGUAGCUGUAUUGUCAAGGAAAUAAAAGGACUAUCACUUUUAAAUACAGAGACACACAAGCUUGAAAAUCGAACAGGAAAACCGAGAAAACCAAGAGAGAUUGAUCUUUUAACCCAAAGACCUUCAACUACACAAUAUUAUCAACACACGUUUUAUGAUUCUGAAUGCGUCGAUUAUGAUGUACAGACAGGACCACUGAGUGUCACUGGAGAAAGAUUGGACGCUAUAUCCAACCUGCAGUUUUGUCUGCCAAGUACACCACUACACAGACGACAGUAUUAUAUCAGUGAAUCAUCUAACAGUAGCAAUUGUAGUGAAUGCAGCCAAUGCUGCGGAAGAUCAUCUCCCGAUAACCCACCGUCAUCUCCUAUUCAAGAAGCGUCUGAUUUAAAGCUGGAUGGUAAAAAAAUGUCAUGUCCUGAUUUUAGAUCUAAAUCUGAGUUGAAAGAUUUCAAACCCGGACUUUUAAAGAAAAAGUCGUAUUGCUGUGCCAAGUGUGAGGGUAGAAUGAUAAGCCACGACUCGCUGAUGUUAGAAUCGGGCAGCCCAUUCCCGUCUUAUUUCCGCCAGUGUAGUUCAACUUAUGCAGAAACCCAGUCAUAUAACAACAUACCACCACUACAUUCAGACAGGAGCUUGGAAACUCGUGAAGAACUGAUUAUUGACCAGCCUCUAAAAGACGAUAUGUUAACUUUACCAGAAUUACCACACGCUAUUGCCAUUGAAAAAGAAAAGUCUGGAGCUGUCUUUGAACGUUCCAAGAGCGUUCAAAAACCAAGGCUCUUCCCGAGAUAUCUUCAUUAUAAUCAUAAUAGAAAGAAGUCCGAUGAAAAUGAAGAACUGUUAAAUUCAACUUCCAUUGCAUCUAAACAGAAAUUUCACAGUUCUCACAAAACAGAAAUAUUUAAUGGAGAAACAACGAGCCAACAAAUUAGAGUUCCUAGCAACGAAAAUAAUGAAAUCCACCAACCCUACAGAAAAAGUCAACAAAAAGAUUCAGAGAAACGUGGUGUUGAUGAGGUUAUUAACAUAUUUUGGUCAAAUCACCAACCAUGUGAAAACUACGCAUAUUUACAUGUCCCUUUGCGGGAGCGGCCAAAUUACCAACCAUGUGAAAAGUACUCACAUUCACCCGUCCCUUUGCUGGAGAAAGCAACAUCGAUGUCAAACAGUGAUCUGAUACAAAGUAAGGUAGCAAAAACACCACCACUUGCUGAUUUAGUACAACGUGAAGUAGUAGAAACUCCACUACUUGCUGAUUUAGUACAACGUGAAGUAGCAGAAACACCACCACUUACUAAUUUAGUACAACGUGAAGUAGCUGAAACACCACCACUAGCUGAUUUAGUACAAAGUGGAGUAGUAGAAACACCAUCACCUUCAGAUUUAGGUACUCCAUAUAAUUCGAAUACGGAUCUACUGAUUGGAAUACAUUCAGUAAAUCCUAGUAUUUCUGUUAGCAUACACAAUCUUCCAAGUAUUUCUUCAUCAAAGAAUAAUGACAUUAGAAUAGAGGCCGAAAAUUUCAAAACAGAAGCUGUCAAUCAAACAUCACCCAAACCAGUAUAUUCAAAAGAAGAGUUCCUAGGAAGAGUUAAGGGCAUGGAAUCAAGAGAGAUGUUACAAGACAUCAUUCGCGAGUGUGCUCAAGGAUUAAAAGAGAUCUCUCACAGAGGAUUUUUACCAGACAUUUCUGAAAGAAAUGACUUUUAUUUUGAACCAAAUACCGACAAACGGUACAACAGAUGGAAAAGAAGACGAAGGAAGAAGAGAAAACAGGUUCGAGAUGGAAAGCAGCAAGAGUUGAUAUCACCUGAUGACAGCUCUGCAGAAGAAGGAGCCAAUAAUGAGGAAGACUCCAUCCCUCCGGAAAGACCUGAUUCACAAAUCAAGUUUCGCCGUCGACGCCGAGAAACCUUAAAACAGCUUUUUGGUAGCGAACAAGCAAUGUUAUGCUAUGAUGCUAGUUCGGAUCAAACAUCUUCAGACAGAGAUAAUUACCUGUCAGUGGAGAAUUACCUUCGUAAUGGCGAUCGUGCCUCAAUAUCUGACGAGGGUUUAGAGGCGUUUAAGGAUGAAAAUAACGAUGGAAUGCAUCUUUCGUCACACUACAUGCAACAAAAGAAAUAUACAAGUUCAACCUUUCUUCAACAACUGGGUGCUUACAUAGAAAAAUCAGAGGUGUCAACAAAGACUUUAAACGUUCCAGAAGAUGGUAUGCCACUAACAGAAGGUAUCGAAGGGAAUGCUAACGAUAUUAUCACGAGAGUAAACAGCCGCUUUAAAAUACUGGAUAGGCAAACACACAAUAAAAUAGAAAGCAAGUUUUUAGACAGACAUCAGAAUAAAGUGAGUGAUGGAACAAUUUCAGAAUUACCUCAAAAUAGAAAUGUUGAGGGAUUAAAUGUUGAAAUAAUUCAUAGAGAAGAACCGAGUUUUGAUCGGAAAGAAAUCAUUUCAUGUGUAAAUGGUGAGAUGAAACAUAACAUAAUCUCAGAGUUGGAAUCUCCGGAAAAUCACCUUAUCAUAUCUCAAGAUUACUUGAUUAAAAAUGGAUACUUAUCAGCUCCUGAUCAAGUGUUAGGUGCAAGUAGUUAUCGACAAAAUUCCUCAGCUGCCGGUCAAGUGUUGGAUGCAAGUGGAUGUCGACAGAAUUUAUCAGCACCCGACCAAGUGUUAGAUGCAAGUGGUUAUCGACAAAAUUCCUCAACUGCCGAUCAAGUGUUUGGUGCAAGUAGUUAUCGACGAAAUUCAUCAGCUAUCGACCAAGUGUUGGAUGCAAGUGGUUAUCGACAAAAUUCCUCAGCUGUCGAUCAAGUUUUUGAUGCAAUUGAGUAUCGAAAAAAUUCUUCAACUUCCGAUCAAGUGUUGGAUGCUAUUGAUCAUCGCCAAAAUUCAUCAGCUGCCGAUCAAUUGUUGGAUGCAAGUGAUAAUCGUCAAAAUUCCCCAACUGCCGGUCAAGUGUUGGAUGCAAGUGAUAAUCGACAAAAUUCCCCAGCUGCCGAUCAAGUGUUUAGUACAAGUAGUUAUCGACGAAAUGCAUCAGCUGCCGAUCAAGUGAUGGAUGCAAGUGAUUAUCGACAAAAUUCAUCAGCUGCCGAUCAAGUGUUGGAUGCAAGUGGUUAUCGACAACAUUCCUCAACUGCCGAUCAAGUGUUGGAUACAAGCGCUUGUCGACAAAAUUCAUCAGCUACCGAUCAAAUGUUGGAUGCAAGUGUUUAUCGACAAAAUGCCUCUACUGCCGGUCAAGUGUUGGAUGCAAGUGGUUGUCUACAAAAUUAUUCAGCUUCUGACCAAGUGUUAGAUGCAAGAGGUUAUCAACAAAAUAAUGUAAUAAAUGACUAUUCCGAACCAAGUCUGCAAAAUGAACUUUAUUCGUCAAUGAAUUCUACAAGUGAGUGCGAUUCAGACCCAUUUAUACGAGUAGAAACUGUACUGCGGAAGAGUCAACAGUAUGGAAAUCUUAGCAAUAAAACACUAACAAAAGGUAGUAGCGAAAACAUCGCAGAUACCUACAAGCAACCACCUUGUCAACGCUUAUACAGUAAAGACAGGAAAAGCGAAUUUAACUCAAUUUUAAAUUUAGAACGAUCUGUUUUAAAGUUGGCCAAACAGCACCAUCAGAAAAAUCAGUCUUUGUCCAACAAGAAGUAUUCUGAAGGUCAGCUUAAACCUAAACUUCCUAACAUUCACGAUGGCAAGGUAUCAACUCGAAGUACAGGUAAAGGAAAACAGUCAAAGAAUCAUAGAAAUAUCUUGGAUAGGUUUGUAAAUCCUUUGAACGUCCAGAACGUUGAGGGAAGCAAUAGUCCUUACCAUAAGGAUAACAAUGCAGUCCUGGUUACAACGAUCCAUCGACAGAGGAAGGAGAAUUCUGUUUUAAAGAAUGAUAAAAUGAAAAUGGAAAAACGUUCACAAAGUCGACCCAUUUCAAAGAAGCUGAAUAAUUCACAAGAAAAAUCUAUACAAGAAAGCAAACCUGCUGAAACAGAUCUAUCAAUGUUGACACUAAAUGAACUUUUGCAAACAAUGCCUGGAAACAAAAUGAAAAAUUUCAUCCAAAAAGUGACGAAGAAAAUAACUUGUAAUCAAUCGGAUCAAGAUCUAGGAAAAGAAUUACCUGCAUUAGACGUGAAGAAACUGAAUAUGAUAGUUAAAUCCUACACAGAUUCAGAGCAAGAAGAAGCCAGUCUGAAAUGUUUGGGAGAACAAACCAAAUCUGUACCCAACCAAAUUCUACAUGCUGAACCUAGCCAACCUCAAUCUUAUGAAAGAAGUUUAUCUAAUUUGUCUUUUUCAAGAGCUUUCACAUUCUCAGUAUUUGACCUACCAGAUGAAUAUAGGGAAAAGAAUAAACAACUACAAAGAAGAGCAUAUACUGCUAUCAAGUCUCGUUAACAAUGGAUAUUUCAACAACAAAAAAUGGAGACAACAUUUGAAAAUUAUUUAUUUGAAAAUGAUGUUUAUACCAUUAAAACAUUAUUCUAAUAUUAAAACCAUUCCAUACUAA